CUAUACAUACAUGUAUUAUUAAACAUUAAAUAAUGUUGCAUUCCAGUAAAAAUUUUCUGCUUCUCAUCUUCUUUCAUCUUGAAAUCUCCAGGCUGUCCUCAACUUUGUGCUAUAUAAGUUUUUGCACCUUCCACAAAGAGAAUGGCAAAUAAUGCAUGACCUAGCCAAGAUGUUUCUUCAUUGUUUGAAUCACUGGAAGCUGGAGACGCCUACUGUGAAGAAACAGCACUCCCAGGGUGAAGACCUGGCAGCAUACAAAGUCAAUUACACAAGAUGGAUAUGUUUCUGUCAAGUUCCAAUGUUCUGUGACAGUUUACAGAAGUAUAACCUUACUGUGGCUUUUGGAAGGGCACUUUUAAGAUCAGUGUUCCCUGUGAUGAGACGACAACUAUUAGAGAAGUUUAGAGCAGAGAAAGACAAAAUGGCACCAGAUAAGAGAACCAUUGUUUUGACACACUUUCCAAGAUUUCUCUCCAUGCUAGAGGAAGAAGUUUAUGGCGAUAGCUCUCCUGUCUGGGAUGAUGAUUUCACUGUACCCCAGUCAUUACCUCUGGGUUCUUCAAGACUCUCGUCUCCUUUGACGCCAUUGACNCUCCUGUCUGGGAUGAUGAUUUCACUGUACCCCAGUCAUUAUCUCUAG